GGAAAAUUCUGGUUCGAUUGAACUGAAAAUGGAAUUCCCCGGUUGCAGCAGGAAUGCCGGCGCUUCGCCGCCGCUCUCCGUCUCUUCCUCCUCCUUCUCGUCGCGUUCGUUCUCUGUCUCGGAGUUCGAUCAGCCUUUUACAGAGCAACAACUUCAGGAAAUCGAUGCCAUCGAAGCUAUGUAUCAAUCCACCAGCGGCAAAAGACGACGAGGAAGUUCCACAGCCGACGAAAACGAGGCCUCGUGUGUUUCCCCCAACGCCGGCCGUCGAUUGCCCCAUUCCAUUCUUUCUCUCCAGCUUCCUUAUUCUUCUCCUCUAUCGCCCCGUCGAGUAAAUUCGAAGAUGAGAUUUCCUGCAUUGAAUUUUGAUGGCCGAAUUAUUUACAGUACAACUGCGAGUGAGGUAGAUAGAGCGUCCAGGGAGUUAGCCAAGAAAAUCAGCUCCACGAGGAAAGGAACGGAUCAAAUUACUAUCGGAUUCGACAUCGAGUGGAAACCCACAUUUAGAAGAGGUGUUCCACCCGGAAAGACAGCAGUCAUGCAACUAUGCUUGGACAAUUCUCAAUGCCAUGUGAUGCAUAUCAUUCAUUCGGGAAUAACCCCAAGUUUGAAGACUCUUCUUGAGGAUGAUACACUCAGCAAGGCUGGAGUUGGCAUUGCCAAUGAUGCUGUGAAAGUUUUUAAAGAUUAUAAUGUGUCUAUCAAAGCAGUGAGCGAGAUUUCGGAUCUAGCUAAUCAAAAGCUUGCUGGAGUUCCCCAAAAAUGGGGUCUUGGGUCUCUAACUAAGGCGCUUGUAUCAAAAGAGCUUCAAAAGCCCAACAAAAUCAGACUUGGAAACUGGGAGGUCGCUGUGCUAUCAAAGCAGCAACUGCAGUAUGCUGCCACAGACGCAUUUGCUUCUUGGUACUUACAUGAGAUCUUAAAAGGAUUUCCACAUGCUCAAAAAGUAGAAGAUUCAGAGAGAGAUAUGGAGCCAAUCGCGUGAUGCCAGUUCGCCACACAGCUAAGUUAUUCAAUUAGUCUAAUUAAUCUUAUUGUUGAAAUUGUUUCUUAUCUUAAGAAACUAUAUCGGUCUAGUUAAUCUGCAGUUGAUGUGCCAUAUCAAAUAAUGUUUUAUUGAUGAAUGGAGAGUAGAAAAUUAUUGGUUAAUGUCUAAAAAUCUAAGAAAGACAAACAAGGACUAACUCCAUGGUCCUCCCAAUUUGAUAUUGUACCGYAAGUGUGUGRGUUAAGUUCUAAUAGAGGUGGUUAGUCAAUACCAAUAUUGUCUUGUGAAUUGAAUUUUCUUGAAUUUUAUGCCUUUAAUCYCACUCUCUCGAGGGUAAGAUUUUAA